CUGAACUAAACUAUGACCUCCAUCUUCUCCUAAGAUGUAUCACGUCGAACUCCUCCCCAACAGCACAACCACCCACGCCACUCCCGGGUGGACCUACGUCCCCGAUCGCGGCUUCGACCCAGCCAAAGCCGCCAUCACGCCCGCCAUCGGCCGCAAACGCGGAAUCCGCGAUCCAGGCCGAGCGGACAUCUCCUCGCGACAGAACAAUGCCAUCGUCCGACAUCUCGCGGAGCUAGAUCGCGAGAAUCACCGGGACGUGCAGAUCUCAAUUCCAGUAAAACAGAAGGAUGCAUCUGGUCGAGGAACACGAGGCAAAGUCACCUCUAACGUCCGACGAAUCCUCCAAUCCCAAAAGACCUUCCGCAACUAUCUCGACGAUGAAGAAGCCGCCCUAGCGCAGCAAGCAUCCACGCAGCAAACCCAACAAGCCUCCACCUCAUCUUCGCAUCGCCCCUCCGUUAACAAAAUCACCAAACCCUCCUCUUCCUCUCGUCGCAGCUCAACACCCCUAACAGCACCAACACCCAAACCCGACACCUCCUCUCGCAGUAAUCGCAAACAACAACAUCAACCCUCCACCGCUCCGACCUCCUCCCGCGCCUCAACCGUAACUACCCCCGCCGAAACAGAAACAGAGGCACAAACACCCGCGCCCGACAAAGACCAAACCCAAAACAAAGACGCAGAGAAAAAGGAUGAAGAGGAGGAGGAGCAGCAAAACCCUCACGAACUUAUCAAAUCCGAAUACGACAACGACCCCCUCCUGAAAUCGUACAUCCCCUCCGCGCCCUCAGAACGCAUCAUGCAGGCCUUACUCUCCGAACCACCGUUAACGUAUCAUGCAUCGCGCGCUGGCCCGCCGAUUGCGAGAAAAUCGCCGCGGUAUUUCUGCUGUAUGUGUGGGUAUUGGGGGAAGAUUCGGUGCAAGAAUUGUCAUUUGAGGACUUGUGGGUUGGGCUGUUAUAAGGUUCAUGAGGAUUCGAGGUGCGGGGCGUUUUUCUAAUUGGGAGGAUGAGGUACUUUGAUGGAUUAAGAUGGCCAGGGAUGUGCAGACAGCACUGUACUAUCCAACUUUUGACUCCAAGCUCAGGCCGUUACUACUGGAUAGGCUGACAGAGCCGCUCUCAACCACGGAGAAGUUCGGAUGCAU